UGUUGAUAUAUAGACGACUUACCAAAUUUCUAAAAAUAUUUUUAUAUUAAGAUUUAUGGAUCAAUAAUUUUGGACAAAAACAAAACAACUAAACAAAAAUAAUGAACUUUAUGGGACAAGCCAAAAAACAAGCAGGAAGUUGAUGAAAUUUUGUAUAAAAACAAAAUUUUUAUAAGUUAUUAGGUAGUCCUCUUUUUGGCUGAAUUGGGUAAAGUUAUUUAAUAUAAUGUCUAAAGUGGUGUUAGUGAGCAUUGCCUUGUUGUGUGCCUUUUUGGUACUGCAAGCAGCCGCCAUACCAACACCUCAACCAGGUUAUGGAGGCGGACAUGUAAGCCAUCAUGACUAUGAUCAUCAUCAUCAUGAUUACGAUCACAAUCACCAUGAUUACGAUGACCAUCAUCACGGACAUCACGAUCAUCACGGACAUCACUAUCACUAUGAUUACCCCUAUAAUGGAAGAUAUACGCAAUCUUACAGAUACUGGAAAAACUAUGGGGUUUACCCAAAUUACAACCAAUAUUAUGGCUAUUGAAAGAAAUAAUAUAUUUUUAUAAAUAAAAUUCUUCUGUUAUGUUA